AUCCGAACAUUGUAAUUGUGGGGAUUGGUUCUGGUUGGGGGUCUUCGGUCAAAAAAGAAAAAAAAACGCAAAAACGAUUACAGGGACGAAGAACAAGUAGCAGCAUCGCAAAGUCGGCGUUUGGGAAAAACCCUAGACUCCCUCCCCCAAUUCGAUCAAGAAAGUGGUUAGAUCGGUCCCUGUGGAGGCUAUGUGCUCGUUUUUCUGGUUUGGUGGUUGAUUAAAUUAUUGGUCCGGAGGUGAUUCUGUACUUUCUGGGCCUUCAUUUUUGGCGGAGAAAAUGGAUUUGGUAGCUAGUUGCAAGGAAAAAUUGGCAUAUUUUCGAAUAAAAGAGCUCAAAGAUGUUCUCACUGAAUUAGGUCUUUCAAAGCAGGGGAAGAAGCAGGAUCUUGUUGACCGGAUAUUGGCCAUUCUUUCUGAUGAACAAGUCUCUAAAAUGUGGGCAAAAAAGAAUGCAGUUGGAAAGGAACAGGUGGCAGAACUUGUAGAUCACACCUAUAGAAAAAUGCAGAUUUCUGGUGCCCCUGAUUUAGCAUCAAAGGGACAAUGCAUCUCUGAUAGUAGUAAUGUGAAAACAAGAGGCGAAAUUGAGGAUCCCUAUCAGUCAGCUAUCAAGGUUCGCUGUCUCUGUGGGAAUUCAUUAGAAACAGAGUCAAUGAUUAAGUGUGAAGAUCCAAGAUGCCAAGUAUGGCAACACAUGGGUUGUGUUAUAGUUCCAGAGAAACCUAUGGAAGGCAAUCCACCAGUUCCUGAAUUAUUUUAUUGUGAACUCUGUCGACUAAGUCGGGCUGAUCCGUUUUGGGUAACAAUUCAACAUCCUUUACAGCCUGUUAAGUUGCAUGUUACAAAUAGUCCAGCUGAUGGUUCGAAUCCAGUGCAAAGUGUGGAGAAAACGUUUCAACUCACAAGAGUAGACAAGGACUUGCUGUCUAAACAAGAAUAUGAUGUUCAGGUUUGGUGUAUGCUUUUAAAUGACAAAGUAGCAUUCAGAAUGCAAUGGCCGCAAUAUGCAGAUCUGCAGGUCAAUGGUAUGCCUGUUCGUGCAAUCAAUAGACCUGGCUCUCAACUUCUUGGAGCCAACGGUCGUGAUGAUGGUCCCAUUAUCACACCAUAUACGAAAGACGGAUUUAAUAAGAUUUCCUUAACAGGAUGCGAUGCCCGCAUUUUCUGCUUAGGGGUUCGUAUUGUGAAGAGACGCACAGUGCAACAGAUUCUCAACCUGAUUCCCAAGGAGUCUGAUGGUGAGGGUUUUGAAGAUGCGCUUGCUCGUGUGUGUCGUUGUGUUGGUGGUGGGACUGCAAUGGAUAAUGAUGAUAGUGACAGUGAUUUGGAAGUUGUUGCAGAUUCUUUUACUGUCAAUCUACGUUGUCCGAUGAGUGGUUCAAGAAUGAAGGUUGCUGGGAGAUUCAAGCCCUGCCCUCACAUGGGCUGUUUUGAUCUUGACGUUUUUGUGGAAAUGAAUCAACGUUCAAGGAAGUGGCAAUGCCCCAUUUGUCUCAAGAACUAUGCACUGGAGAAUAUCAUUAUUGACCCUUAUUUCAACCGUAUCACUUCAAAGAUGAGGUAUUGUGGAGAGGAUGUAGCAGAGAUUGAGGUGAAGCCUGAUGGGUCUUGGCGAGUUAAGACUAAAAGUGAAAGUGAUCGCAGGGAGCUUGGGGAACUUGGGCAGUGGCACCUUCCUGAUGGUACACUUAGUGUCCCGACAGAAGGAGAAAGUAUCCCAAAAACGGAAGUGUUGAAGCAGGUCAAACAGGAAGGUGUUUCAGAAGCUCAUCCUGGAUUGAAACUUGGAAUCAGGAAGAAUCGCAAUGGCUUUUGGGAAGUCAGCAAACCUGAAGAUAUGAACACUUCUUCUGGUAAUAGAUUACAAGAGCAGUUUGCAGACCAUGAGCUAAAAGUUAUCCCAAUGAGUAGCAGUGCCACUGGAAGUGGUAGGGAUGGCGAAGAUGCCAGUGUAAAUCAGGAUGGUGGUGGAAACUUUGAUUUCUCUACCAACAAUGGAAUUGAGAUGGAUUCUUUUUCUCUGAAUGUUGAUUCAGCAUAUGGAUUUUCAGGACAAAAUCCUUCUGCACCAGUAGGAGACGCAGAAGUUAUUGUACUAAGUGAUUCUGAUGAUGAUAUAAUGCCCUCUGGAACCAUCUAUAGGAAUGACAGAACUGAUGCUGCUGGGCUUGGUUUUCCUGUGACGCCUUCUGGAAUUGCUGAUUCAUAUGGUGAAGAUCACACACUUGGAACUGGUGGAAACUCAUGCUUGGGUCUUUUUGGCAACGAUGAUGAAUUUAUUCCGCUCUGGCCACCAUUAGCUCCUGGAACUCAAUCUGGUGCCGGGUUCCAGUUAUUUACUUCUGAGGCAGAUGUACCAGAUACCCUAGCUGGUCUGCAGCAUAGUUCCAUCAAUUGUUCCACAUCCAUGAAUGGAUACACUUUGGCUCCAGAAACUACCAUGGGAUCUGCUACACUAGGACUUGAUUCUUCUGUUGCACAUUCAGAUGCUGACAUGAACGGUGGCUUAGUUGAUAAUCCAAUGGCAUUUCCUGGUGAUGACCCUUCUCUUCAAAUAUUUCUUCCCACAAGACCAUCGGAUGCAUCAGUUCAUUCUGAUUUGAGAGAUCAAGCUGAUAUGUCAAAUGGUGUCCACACUGAUGAUUGGAUAUCUCUUAGGCUUGGGGGUGACGCCAGUGGCAUCAAUGGGGCGCCUGCAACUCCAACCGGUUUGAAUUCUAGAAUGCAAAUGCCAUCCAGAGAAGGUGCCAUGGAUUCUUGGCUGACACAGGAAACCCGCAGAGAGAGUUGUAAAGUCGAUAACCUUAUUAAAGAGACUGGGUAUAGCAAUAUAGCUUCUUUGCUUCUCGGCAUGAAUGACGGUAGCAGAUCUGACAGGACAAGUAGGCGAAGAUCAAAUAGUCCUUUCCAAUUCCUCGCCAAAAACGUUCUGUGAGGCCGCGAUUAUAUCUUUCUAUUGACUCGGACUCUGAAUAGAGGAACUGGAGCUUGUUUUGAGAACAAGAGAAUAAUCUAGUUUUGGGUUUAAUUGGAAGAAUGCUGACAGACAUUUGGUUCCUGACGAGAUGAAGCAUUAGAUGCUGCACUGGGCAUCCGAGGUAGAAGAAAGCGAUACAAAUAUACAAGGCAUCCAAAUCGACUGCAUUGUUACAAAACUUGUGAUGGCACCAGGAUUCUUCGUGUUCCUCUCGUUAACAAUCUGCAGGUCCGAUGCUGCUAUUGUACAGGAGAUUGUGAUUUGAAUCCGAAAAAUUGGGACGUGGCGGAGGAAACCCUGUCAAAGAAAUAAAACGUAGCUGCCUCGGCUCGGUUUUAUAGUGAGAAGCAAUAGCCUGUAAAUAUUGACUCCAGUUUCAGAUUUUUUAUAUAGAUAGUCAUUUUUUGAAAAUUGAUAUUACUGACUUUUUAUUGGUGUGUCCUUUACUGUCGGGGCAUGAUAUUUGUAUUAACUUAUAGAGAUCCAUUUAAAGUACAGGGGAUCGGCACUUGUGCGUCGCUCCGAUGGCCGACGUUUUAAGUCAUGGUUGCUGAGAUCAUAGUAGAACACUGACUUCUGGUGAGGCAACAUAGAAAUUAUACCCAAAAGAACUUAUAUGUUUUAUUGUAUUUGGAUUGCAAUUGAGUUUCAUGUUCGGUUA